AUGGCGUGCUCACGUGACCACACAAGCAACCAAAUCCGAUGCGCUUAUCUUCAGCCCACCAUGGAUGAAUUGGAAAGUGAUUUGAACGUCAAGCUUGUAAACCAAGAUGAACUUGAGUCGUCUAUAACGGAAAAGGCAAAUAAGGCGCUCAUUUCGAAAGAGCAAGAGCUCGACGAAAAACGUCUUCGCAAAACCACAGCCGAACUUCGGAAGACCACAUCCAAGAUCCAAGCUUUGAGGCGGCGGCUUGAAAAUCCAAGAACAAAGCUUUCGCAGCGGCGUCAGCUCGAAGACGAAAUAUCAUGGUUCGAGGAAAAUGAACUCCAACAGCUCCAGCAGGACAUGGCCGAUAUUCAGGCCCGACUUCGAGGAAACAGAGAGGAGUUGGCCAAAACGGCGGAGAAAUCGGCUGGAGGAGGACGUAUGGCCGGCGAAUCUGAGCGAGACUUUUUGAUUCGGACGGGCAAAAUCACUGCGUUCGGCAACACAAGCGGAUUCAAAACGGAAACGGGACAGUCGCAUGUCUUUCUCAGAGCGCCGGGAUUCGGAACAGAAAGAGAGAAUCGGCAAGAGGCUCUGGUGGAGAAGAAAGCAAAGACAGAAGAUCGAAGUCCCGAGACUCUACAAGACCCGAGUGAUCAAAAUGAUCAACAGAUACAACCGAAACUAGAAAGUCUGGAGACACAAAAGACUACUGAAGAUCUGGAGACACAAAAGAGUCCUGAAGAAUUGGAGACUCACGACAUUCCCGAGACGACAGAGGCUCAGCUAAAUCCAGAAAGUCUAGAAUCGUAUACCGAAGACAUAGAAGAUCACCUGAAUGAUCUGGAAGACAAGGCUCAAGACAGCGAUGGAGAUUACAAAGCCAAUAUUGAAGCUAUCGAUGUGGAUAGCGAGAGCGAAAACGAGAUUCCACAAAAGCGGCGCCGGGCCAUUUCCGAAUUGGAGUCCGAGCCCGAAUCGGAAGCCAAAUCGGACUCGGAAGUCGAAGCCCAAACGGUCGAAGCUAAUAUCGACGACGGAAACGAAGACUAUUACCAAAAAAGGCUCCAGGAAUGGGUUUCCCGGCGGUCUGCGCUCCGUAACGAAAACGGAAAAGAGGAACACAACGAUAAGCCAGAGUGGUUCUUGCCGCAUCCGUCAGUUGCCGAUGCUGUGCUUGACUCGAGAUUCCGGCUUCCAGGAGACAUCCACCCUGCUCUUUUCGAGUACCAAAAAACAUGUGUUCAGUGGCUCUGGGAGCUCUACUGCCAGAAAACUGGUGGCAUUCUCGGUGACGAAAUGGGCUUGGGCAAAACUAUCCAGGUGAUUGCGUUUUUGGCUGGGCUACAUUACCUGGGACUACUCGACAAGCCGGUUCUACUAGUUGUACCUGCAACAGUCAUGAACCAAUGGGUCAAUGAGUUCCAUCGAUGGUGGCCACCGCUCCGAUGUGUGAUUUUGCACAGUAUUGGAUCGGGAAUGAAGAACAUGGCUAGGAUGGAGGAGGAGUUGGAGGAGCACUUGGAUGAGGAAGGCGAAGGCGAGCUUUCGGUGCGUGCUGCAAAUGCACAAGCAAAUGCAAGCGAAAUGGUGCAGCGGGUGUUACAGCACGGACACGUGCUCGUAACCACAUACGUUGGUCUCCGCGUCUACGCCAAGCACAUUUUGCCGCACGAAUGGGGGUAUGCCGUGUUGGACGAAGGCCAUAAGAUCCGAAAUCCAAACCUGGCCAUAUCUCUCGCUUGCAAGCGCAUCAAAACGCAUAACCGGGUGAUUUUAUCCGGCACUCCAAUCCAAAACAACUUGAUUGAGCUCUGGUCGCUUUUCGAUUUUGUAUUCCCAGGCCGUUUGGGCACGCUUCCUGUUUUCGAACAGCAGUUUGCCAUCCCAAUCAAUAUGGGCGGGUAUGCAAAUGCAUCGAAUCUUCAGGUGCAGACGGGCUACAAAUGCGCUGUGGUGCUCCGCGACUUAAUCUCGCCGUACUUAUUGCGGCGGCUAAAAGCCGAUGUCGCGCAGGACUUGCCCAAGAAAAGCGAAAUGGUUUUGUUUGUCAAACUUACCCAGUACCAGCACGACAUGUACGAGAAGUUUUUGGGCAGCGAAGAUGCUGCUGCGAUAAUGAAGGGCCGCCGACGUGUUCUCAUGGGUGUGGAUAUUUUGCGCAAGAUCUGCAACCACCCCGAUUUGGUGGACCGCACCGCAUUGCUUCACAAAAAGGGCUACAACUACGGCAGCCCGGCGCGCAGCGGGAAAAUGCAGGUGGCCCGCCAGUUGCUUCAAUUGUGGCAAGCGCAGGGCCACCGCACAUUGCUCUUUUGCCAGACGCGGCAGAUGCUUGACAUUUUAGAGCGCUUCGUUGCGCGCAUGCUGUGCAUUGACGCACAGGGUGCAGAAACGUCCAACCCUAUGCGCUACCUUCGCAUGGACGGUUCGACGCCCAUCGGCAAACGCCAGCAGUUGGUGGAUACUUUCAAUGCCAACGAAUACUACCAUGUAUUUUUGCUCACAACGAAAGUUGGUGGGCUCGGCGUCAAUUUGACCGGCGCCGAUCGCGUCAUCAUAUUCGAUCCAGAUUGGAAUCCGUCGACCGACAUUCAGGCAAGAGAAAGGGCAUGGCGUUUGGGCCAGAAGAGAGACAUCACCAUCUACCGGUUGAUGACGGCAGGCACCAUUGAAGAGAAAAUUUACCACCGGCAGAUUUUCAAAACGUUUCUCACCAACAAAAUCUUGAAGGACCCGAAACAGCGGCGCUUUUUCAAGCUGGCAGACUUGCAUGAUCUUUUCACCUUGGGCGAUCCGGACGAAAAGGGCACAGAGACAGCCGAGAUGUUCAACGGGUCUGAAAAAACCUUUUCCGGCACCAAAGACCGGCAGCUGCGGCGCCUUGAAGGCGGGCCGAAAAACGACGACGAUUUGUAUCGUGUGGCCACUCUUAUGGGUGUGUCCAAGCUCGACAAGUUUGCAGGCGACGACGACGAGAAGAACGGCGCAAAAGAAGACGACAGACUCAUGGAAGGGCUUUUUUCCGGCGUGCAUUCGGCACUUCAGCACGACGAGAUCGUGGGCCAGACGCAUCUGGAAGAAUCUCUCGCAGAAAAGGAAGCGAACCGUGUGGCCAAGGAAGCCGCUGCUGCAUUGCGGAAGUCUCGCCUUGCUGCCCGGAAAACGGCCAUAGGUACGCCCACAUGGACGGGAAAGUUUGGCGUUGCAGGCCGGUUUGGGCCAAAGAAAAAGGCCAACGGUCCACUCAAGGUUCCGUCGAGUACAAAUGAGAAUUCCUUGUCGUCGACGGCCAUUUUGGGCGAGUUGCGCCAGCGACGGAGCGUUCCAGAAAGAGAACCUUCCAAUUCAAGGCAGGAUCUUCUUGAGCGGAUAGUUGGCGUUUUAAUGAAGGAGCCAGGUGGAUUUGCGAAGUCAGGCAAGAUUUUGGGGGCGCUUUCCAAGUUGGUGGAUCUCAAACAGGAGAAGGAGUUGGUGAUGGUGCGGUCCUUGCUUCGUGAAGUGGCGGAUUGGCAGAAAGACGAGAAGGGAUGGAAACUCAAGCUGGAAUUGAAGGAUGAGGGAGCAGGCGAAGAAUGA